AUGGAGCAUCUGAAGGUCGUCCUCGUGGCUAAUCGGGGUGAAAUUGCCUGUCGGCUGAUCAAAGCUGCAAGGAAGCUUGGAAUUCGAACAAUCUCCAUCUACACCGACCCCGAUUCAGAAUCGGAGCAUGUAAGAGCAGCAGACCAUGCGGUGUUGCUGGAGGGCGACGCCCGAGCGGCAUAUAUCGAUGGUGAUCAGAUCAUCAGAAUAGCGAAGGAGCACCAAGCGCAGACAAUCAUCCCAGGCUAUGGGUUCCUGUCAGAAAACACGAGCUUUGCGCGAUCGGCCCAUUCAGCCAAUAUUGGAUUCGCAGGCCCAUCCCCUGAGGCAAUUGAAUCCUUCGGUCUGAAGCACACAGCGCGCGAGCUUGCGAUCGCUGCCGGGGUCCCAGUAGUUCCGGGCACACAAGGGCUUGUGGAAACUGAAGAUGCUGCGGCCGCAGCAGCCCAGACGUUGGGCUACCCCGUCAUGUUGAAAGCAACCGCUGGAGGGGGCGGAAUGGGUCUUUUAACCUGCGUCGAUGAAACCGAGCUACGCGAUAAUUUCCGAACCGUGCAGUCUCGAGCGUCGUCGUUGUUCAAGAAUGCGGGUGUUUUUCUCGAGCGCUACUACCCCGACAGCCAUCAUAUCGAGGUCCAAAUCUUCGGAAAUGGCCAAGGAAAGGCUAUUAGUAUUGGCGAGCGAGAAUGCUCUAUCCAAAGACGGCACCAGAAAGUCAUCGAGGAGUGCCCUAGUCCGUUUGUUUCCCAGCAGCAUCCAGAGUUGCGGAAGAAACUCACUGAAUGUUCCAUUCGAUUGGCUGAGAGUAUCAACUACGGCUCGGCUGGGACGGUUGAAUAUCUCGUUGAUGACCAUACCGGCGACUUCUUCUUCCUAGAGAUGAACACCCGACUUCAAGUUGAGCAUGGGAUCACGGAACUAUGUUACGAUAUCGACCUCGUGGAACUCAUGUUGCGACAGGCAGACGAGGAAUUAGCUGGGAACGGCGGACUGUCUGCGUCAGAGCUGGAGAAGCUCCAGUCUCGCUGCUUAGAACCAAAGGGCCAUGCAAUCGAAGCCCGUGUCUACGCCGAAAACCCAGCAAGAAACUAUGCCCCGAGCCCAGGACUUCUCCAAGAAGUUUCAUGGUACGCCCCCGAGGGGACUCGUAUAGACACAUGGGUGAGAACAGGAACUGUGGUGAGCCCAUCAUAUGACCCCCUCCUGGCUAAGGUCAUGUACCAUGGCCCAAACCGGGAUUCGUCGAUAGAGGGUAUAGCAGAGGUUUUGAGCAAAUCAUCCAUCUGUGGCCCCCCGAUCAAUCUUGGAUUCCUUCUGGCCAUCAUCCGAGACAAUGUGUUCCGUGGCGGCAACACCAUCACAAAGUUCUUGGAGAACUUCAGCUAUACGCCUGCUGCUAUUGAUGUUAUCUCAGGUGGCUCAUACACGUUGGUUCAAGACUUCCCUGGACGACCCAGUGUCGGUCACGGAUUUGGCCACGCAGGUCCAAUGGAUCCAAUAGCCUUCCAAGCUGCUAACAUCCUCGUCGGCAAUGACGUUGGCGUAGAAGGACUGGAAAUUACUCUCACCGGACCAGAGCUGCUUUUCUUAGGCGAUGCGGUGGUUGCGUUGUGCGGGCCCCCGGUUCCAGCACAGCUCGAUAGUACAGAGAUUCCGCUUUGGACGCGCAUUCACGUACGCUCAGGCCAAAGACUCAAGAUUGGGAAAUUAGAAUCCCAUUGCCGAGUCUAUCUUGCCAUCUAUGGAGGGCUCCUCAACGUGGCAAAAUGGUUCGGCAGCAAGUCCACAAACCCCAUGGUGAAUGUUGGGGGUUAUCAAGGUCGACCGUUGAGAGCUGGUGACUUUCUUCACAUCGCCGACUCACCUGAGCUUCCCGCGCAAUUAGAAGUCUCUAUUCCGCAGGAGCUUCUUCCAAAGUACACUACAGACCCGUGGAUUAUCGAAGUAAUGCCCGGGCCGUUCGAGACGGGGUUCUUAUCCGCCCAAGACAUUGAGAUGUUUUUCUCUGAAACUUGGAAAAUUAGCCAUAAUGCGGCUCGAGGUGGAAUAAGAUUGAUUGGCCCUCGUCCAGAAUUUGCACGCAAGGAUGGGGGCGAGGGAGGAGCUCAUCCGAGUAAUAUCCUCGAGUACGGCUACCCACUCGGAGGUCUAAAUUGGACUGGAGACGAGCCAGUGAUCUUCCCUGUCGACUGUCCUGACUUUGGUGGCUUUAUAUGCAGUAUCACAGUCACCAAGGCAGACAUGUGGAAAGUCGGACAGCUUCGUGCUGGAGAUAGCGUGAAGUUCCAUCGCGUUUCUUUGGAGAGGGCAUUGGAGUCUCGACGAAACAACAAUAAUUUCCUGCAGGCAUUGAAAGAUGCAAUCAAGACCCAUUCAUGGAGCAACUGCAAAGCCUUUGACACCUCGAUCGGUCCUGAGCUAACAACACCUGGUCAGGAUGUGCUCAAAGUGAUUGAAUCUAGCAAGGGCCAGCCAAAAGUAACCUACCGCGCUGGAGGAGACGAAUAUCUGCUUGUGGAUUAUGGCGAUGGUCGUGCGGACCUCAACAAUAAGUGCCGUGCAACUGCACUAUCCAGAGCCCUCGAGUCGGCAUCUGGCCCUGUAUCUUCUAACCGAAGUAAUGGCGGCGCAAUUUUCAACAUGGUGGGAUGUGGAGGCUCUCUGGCCAUCUUUUAUGACGGCCUAGCUCUCCCCAGAAAAGACCUCCUCAGCAAGUUAGUUGAGAUGGAAGAAAACUUGGGUGACAUGCGAUCUAUCAAGAUUCCUAAUCGACAUUUCAAGCUUCCGCUCACAUUCCGGCAUAAGAAGCUUGAUGAUUCGAUUGAACGAUACAUGGCCAACCAGCGUUCUGUAGCUAGCUAUCUUCCCGACCCGCUAAAAUAUGUUGCUGAGAACAACGGCCUGACGCUUGAAGAGCUCAAAAAGAUGUUCUUGACCAUGGAGACGGUCAUUAUCGGAGUUGGAUUUUUCAUGGCGCUCCCAGAAGGUCUGCCGACUGAUCCCCGAUUCCGACUCCGUGCACCAAAGAUGAAUCCCAGUCGAACAUACACCCCAGCGGGAACUGUAUCUUGGGGAGGGUGCUGUAUUGCAAUAUAUCCCGUAGAUUGCCCGGGAGGAUAUAUGCCGACUGGAAUGACAAUCCCUACAGUCGACAUAUCUGGGUCUCGUCCUGGCUUCACUGAACAGCGCCCAUGGAUAUUCGAAGACAUGGAUACGUUCAGCUUCUACGAGGUCACUGAGGAAGUGUUUGAUCAGAAGCUAGCCCAGUUCAAGGCUGGCGCGUAUCACUUUGAGAUUACAGAAGGCGUGUUCGACAUGGCUAAACAUAAUGAGCUCCUCCAGGCCACCGAAGCCGAAGCCAAGGAGAUUCAAGAGAAGAGAGCAGUCUCGCAGCAGAAAAUGAUAGACCUAGAGAAGACCAUGCUUGCGGAGUGGCUGGCUGCGAAACAGGAGAGUGGUACUAGCUUGGAUGAGAUAAAAUCUAUGCUGGAAGACCCCACGAUUGAGGCAAUUGAGGCCCCAGUCAAUGCAAAUGUAUGGAAGGUGUUGGUCCAAGAAGGAGAUGUUUUAGAAGCAGAUGCCGUCUGCUCUAUUCUUGAAGCGAUGAAGAUGGAGAUAAAUGUCCAUGCGAAGUCACACUUGGCGGGUGCUACAGUUGUGAGAGUGUUGAGCAAGCCAGGAGAUUCUAUCGACAGCGGGAACCCUCUUUUACUGGUCAAGAAGUCCAGAGCGCCAUCAUGA